AUGGACUUCGGGAUCUGUGCUGAGGGAGGUGGGCACUGGAGGUGUGGCAAUAGUGCCCGGACCAUCCAGCUCAUCCAGAACCACUUCGUGGAUGAGCAUGACCCCAGCAUGGAAGACUCCUAUCAGAAGCAAGUGGUUAUGGAUGGUGAGACGUGCCUGCUGGACAUUCUGGACACGGCGGGCCAGGAGGAAUAUAGUGCCCUGCGGGACCAGUACGUGCCCACUGGAGAAGGCUUCCUGUGUGUGUUUGCCAUCACCACCACCACGUCCUUGGAGGACAUCCACCAGUACCGGGAGCAGAUCAAGGGAGUGAAGGACUCCAGUGAAGGGUCUGGCUCCAGGUCUGGGACUCUCUGGGACACCCCGGGAUUAUGA